GCUGUUCUUGACAGCUCUUGUUAUCACUUCGGUCGGUUCGGUCGAUGAUUUUACGCUAAUAAACAAUCAACGCAAAUUGAUAAGGAAAAUAUUUACCGUAUCAAAUAAUAGGAUUUUGUUAUAAAAAUGAGUGAGCUUAUGGAUGAAGACUUGGAGUUUCGUGGCGGUACUCUGCAGCUGUCCAGUGAGAAUCCGCCAACUGAGCAUGCUACAAAUAUUGAUAAUACUGCGUCAGAAACAUCCAGUAGACUUAAAACAAAACCCACAGCACACUCCUCUGUUUUGUCUGGAGCAGAUUCAUUAACAUCAUCGACAACAUCUUUCACAGAUGCAAGAAAUGAAGAACUCAGACCAGAAGAUGCCGGAGCAUCAGUUCCCUCGGACAAUGCUCAGCCGGUGUACCCACGCUACGACAUGCCGUUCAACACGGAUAAUAUCAAAGACUUCUUCACAUUUCGGAAGGGAGUGGUGGAGAAUGCCAUACAGGACUGCAUCACUGCGUUGUUAUUCCCUGAAGAUGGAGAAUAUUUGGGCUCGUGGCUGUUGACUGAAAUAACACUUUGGGACAAUGAGAAGGAAAGGAUUGUGCUGCUCACGUCAAGACUGGUGAUGACCAUAAAAUAUGACUUCAUUGCUAUGAAACAGCUGGAUUUCAAAAAGACUUACCUCGAUGAUUUGGACACAAUCGUCAUUGGAGAACUGGUGUAUCCUCCGUCUUCUUUAGUUCCCCGUCUAAACGGAAUCGCGUCGGGGGUAACAACUGUGGUCAAAGACUGCGUUAUAGACCGCCUGUGCAAAAGGCCGGCGCCCGCCACUGAAGAAUCUAAACUGUUCGAUCCCAAGUAUUUUGAACCUAGGGAGCGUAAUCUUCGCGGAGUCCGCCUGAUGUGGAACAAAGGGGAGCCGCUGCCUUUGAAGACUGUGUGGAACCCGUUCAGCCAGGACGUGCCUUUCUUGACCUUCGCUUCACACCCUAUUUACUGGCAUAAAGAUGGCGGCCCUGAAGAAAGGGCAAUGUUCGACAUGGAGAUUUUUGCUCAAAAAGUGCAGAGGGCGAUCGAAACGAUGCCUUCCUCUGCCUGUUGCAUCCACCACUCGCCCAUUGUCAUCCAAAGUUACGUCGGUGUGACGUCAUUAUUACAUAAUAAAACAAGCAUGGGGUUCUUCAAAGUGAGAGGGAAAUUCAGUUUUUAAACGACGGCAGCCAUGUUGUGUUGAGGCUAUAUUUAGCUAUUAUUUUGACAUUAUGUCGGACAGUUACCAUAAAGUCAUAAAAUAAUUUUGAUUUGAAGAAAUUUGUUUCAACUGCCAUAGCAGUAUAGUGUCUACCGGUGUUGUUAAUUAUUUAUUUUUUGUACGCUCCAUAUACGUAUCUUACUCAGAAAUAUUAUACUUUUAGAAAAAUACAUUUAAUGUUACAUUGUGUAACUAGUUUUCGUUUUUGUCAUGGCUAGGUUUUCUAGACUUUUUGUUUCCGACUCUGAUAUAAGAUCAUGAAAUUGAAUUAUAAAUGGAAUUAAUAUUGGUCUGUACGAUCGGCUGCAAAAGUCCGGUUUUACUUUUGAAUUUUAUUUCUUAGGACGUAGUAUGGACUAUUGCAGGCGACCGUACAUGAAUGUAGAUGGUUUAAAUGGUAACAUACUUAUGAAUAAUUCGCAAUAUGCUAUGUUACACUUGUAUACCUUAAGGCACUGUGAUAAGGUACCUAUAUUCAAUUUCGGUGUUUUUAGUAAUUGAGAGCUAACAUGGUGUUUUUAAAUGUAACUGAUUCCACGCGUCAUACAUUUAGUGUAUAAAUUAUUUAAUUUUGUGUUAUUUGUAUAAUUGGGUCUAUCUAGAUAGUACAAUAUUACGAAUAUUUAGCUGUUUUAUAUAUUUUUAAACCGUAUGCAGGUGGGUUGUUAAAAAUGCAUAUUAUAUUAAUGUUGUAAGUACCUAUUUUUAAUGUUUACUGUAAAGACUUUGUUUUAGUGCGAUUUAGUUUGUAGUAUAAUAUAUUUUUUAUAAUGUAAUUAAUUGUUGUGAUAGUAGAUUUUGUUGUUUUUUUUUUUAACAAUUUUAAUUUGUCUAUUUUGCAAUAUAUGCGAUUUUUUUAUUUAAGAAAAAAGUUAUUGUUCAUUUUUUUAAAUUAUCAGUUGCAUAAAUAUCUAAAGUACUUGAAUUAAAUAUGGGAUUAUUAUACAAAUAUAAAAUAAAUUGUUAUCUGUUUCAAUCAUGUUUUACUCAUUGCGUAAUGUGUUUGUAAAAUUCUAUGAUUAUGAAGUGGCAGGAAUUAAUACUUGGUUUAAUUGAGAGAUUUCGCAAUAUUGCUGAGAAAAACAAGUAGAGUUCUUAAUAUUGCUAAUAAACAUGGUGACCCCUACGCCAGGAGUGGCUUAGUGUCGCCCGCCCGCUAUCUGGAGGUCCAAGCGCGGGGAAGUAUUUGUACUUGUGAUCACAGAUCUGGGUGUGUUGUGCCCGUAUCUGGGUGAAUUUCACGACUGUUUGAACGCGGCCUGUAGUAGCGUUUCAUUAGAGUCGCAUAUUUUUUUAAAUAAAGAAUCUUUUUUUUUUAUUAAACAUUUAUAAAAUUGACAAUGUACCAGUACUUAACUUGUUUAUAAAAAAGGGUAAUCAAAUUGAUUACUGUGUACGGUACAAUUUAAUAAACCCUAAUGAUUGAUAGCCCGCGGCGGCGCUCAAAACGCUCGUGAAAUUCACCCAUCUGUUUUUAUGUCCAUCGAACCCACGAUACUAGCUUAGUUGCUUAGUGUCGGCCGUUGUGUGUUGUCCAUUUGCAAAUACUGGUGUCGUUUGUUACUAGCUAUUAUAAAUAAAGUCUCUAUAACAAGUAUAAAAUAAUUUUCUGUAAUUGAAUAUAGCAUUUUAUUUAGAUUGGAAAUGUAUGAGUGUGAAAUUUCACAUAAUAUUAGAUAAAAAAAAUAUUAAAUUCGUUUAAAAUAACUAGUCUGUGGUGUAUUGCCAAAAAUAUUCGCUUUGAAAUUAUUCAAAAAGCAUUUAUAAUUAUACCAAAUUUGUUUAGGUACUAAUUUAAAUAAAUGUUGACAUGUCGUUUCCUUGUUAUUCGUGUAAAAGUUAAAGCAUACAUUAAGCUAAAGUGUGUUUCGUCGCUAACACACUUUACUAUAUUUGGCAUUAACAGAUCGAGACAAAACAUACUUUAGCUUAAGCAUGCUUUAACAUUUUUAUAACAGGGAAUUUCUUAAUGAACUCUUUUUAGUUACAAUUCUUAAAAUAAUGGUCACAUUGUUUAACCACAAAAUUAUUUUACAAAGCGUAUUUACAUUAAUACGUUUAAAUAAAAAGACAUGUGUGCUUGUUUACCUUAUGCUUUGUAUAUUUAUCUAAACAAAACGUUGUCUGAAGGAUUUUCCGUAAUUCUUCUAUUGUUGUAAUAUUAUUGGAAAUUGGCACUUUUUAAUUGAAACUUCAAACUGCAAAUAGCAGUUUACACGUGCCGAAGUAAGAUAAAAAAAAAUUAACGAGUAAAAAAUGGAAAAAAAUUGGAUUAUCUGUAUCCAACAUCCGUUUAGGCGGUAUUGCUGCUCGGCUAUAUUGUUGAUAAUAACUAUUAAUAAAUGUUGAUAAUAAUGUUGUAAACAACCUAUUUAUUGUUACAGUAGCUUUUACAGAGUUAGAAAGAUGGUACACGAUGUUAUGGUAGGAAUAGUUGUUUAACGAUGUUUUCAUUUAUCUUUGACGACCUUCUGUCUACACAGCACACUCGGUGCCUAUUGAUUUCUAUGUGACGAAUAGGUCGUCAGUAAAGGGUUAAGAAAUCAUACUGGUAUUUUAUAUGUUAUAUUGGUAUCAAUAAAUUUUUCUUCAAGUGUUGACAACUUAUGUAAAAUUUGCCAAAUGACGUUUUUAUUUUCAAUUAAUUUUAUAAUAAAAUAUAUAGAAUGUUAUGAGAUCAGCUCUCAAGUCAACCAGUUGUAAGUUAAACAUAUGCUUUAUGUGUAAUUUUUACUGUCUGGUUACUUAGUCAAGUAAAAUAAUUUGGCCUAGUUCUAGUCUGAACGUUGUGCUAUUAGCCCUCAUGUACUCGAGUAGUGUACCAACUUAGGGUGGGUUGCAAUGUCAACUUUGACGUUAAGUUUAACGUGCGCCGAAAAACGCAUACGUGUACACGUACGCCAUUUUGUCUAAACGUUAGUCGCGCGCAAGUUAAAUUCAACGUAAAAUUUGACCAUGCAAUUCACCUAUGCCGAUGUAAACAUUUAUUAGUUGAGUAGAGUAUGAUAAUAUGGCAUAGCUGCUAUGGAAUGGAAGUAAAUACUAUUACCACUUUAUUAAUAAAGAACAAUUUGACAAUUCCUUCUACUCAUGUACUGUGUGGCUUUAUAGUAAUUUGUUGAUGGCCUAUUUAUUCGUGAGUGAAUAUUUUACAAGAUAAUUUUGUGAUAUAAUAUAACUACAUAUAUAUAUGUAUUAAUAAAAAAAUAAUAACAAUAAUAAUUGGUUUCAAUUAUGUAUGUAAUUAUAUUUAGCAUUAAAUAUGCAUUGUGCAAUUGUGUUGCUUUAUGGACCUCUACUUUUGACUCUUGUCGAUACAUAGUAAGUAUAAUAUACUCAAUCAUCCUUAUGUCUUUUAAAAUUAUUAAAGUUUGAAAUCGCA